AGGGAGAUUCUGCAAUACUAUAAAUGGAGUUGUUAAAGCUAUCUCAAGCUUUUCUGAGCUUAGCAAUGGCGGCUUGUCUUCUUUAUUUGUUCUUGAGAUUGUCAUUCUCUUGGUGGAUUCUGCCCAUUCAAGCUUUUCGCAGGAUUAAGAAGAAUGGGUUUGGAGGUCCAACUCCUAGUUUCCCUCUGGGAAAUAUUACAGAGAUGAAAAACAGUAAGAACGUUGAUGAUUCUUCACUUGGAUUCUCCGGUAUUUCCCAUGAUAUACACUCGUCGGCGUUUCCUUAUUUUGCAAAGUGGCAAAAGACUCAUGGAAAAGUGUUUAUCUACUGGCUGGGGACCGAGCCAUUCUUGUAUAUUUCUGAGCCGGAGUUCCUCAAGAAAAUGUCUUCGGAAGUGUUGGGGAAGAGCUGGGGAAAACCCAUGGUGUUCAAAGUUGAUAGGAAGCCCAUGUUCGGAAGUGGGUUAGUGAUGGUUGAAGGAGACGAUUGGGUUCGCCAUCGCCAUGUUAUCACUCCUGCAUUCUCCCCAGCUAACUUGAAGGCUAUGGCAAGCUUGAUGGUAGAACCGACUACGAUGAUGCUGAACAAGUGGGCGACUCUGAUAAGCUCCGGUCAACCAGAAAUCGACGUCGAAAGAGAAAUCACAACCACGGCGGGGGAGAUCAUUGCGAGGACGAGCUUCGGGUUGAGCAGUCAAAAGGGGAGUGAAGUGUAUGAGAAAUUGAGAGCCACACAGAUCACACUUUUCAACUCCAACCGCUACGUGGGUGUUCCUUUCAGCAAAUGGGUUUGUCUCAAGAAAAACCUAGAGGCCAGAAAACUCGGCAAAGAAAUAGACCGACUCCUUUUGUCCAUCAUCGAUGAUCGUAAGAAGGCUUGGGACGGUUCCCCUCAGAAGGAUUUGUUGGGUCUAUUGAUGGAAGGCAGCCAUGUCGACGGCCGGGCAGGGAAGAGCUUGACGACGAGGGAGCUUGUUGAUGAGUGCAAGACUUUCUUCUUUGGUGGCCAUGAAACCACCGCGUUGGCACUCACUUGGACCUUGCUGCUUUUGGCCUUGCACCCGCAAUGGCAAUAUCAACUGAGGGAGGAAGUUAGAGAGGUGAUCGGAGAUGACGAUGACAUCGAAUUUUCUCGACUUACCUCCUUAAAGAAGAUGGAAUGGGUGAUGAAAGAGGUUCUAAGGCUAUACUCACCGGCGCCAAAUGCACAAAGGCAAGCAAGAGAAGAUAUAAAGGUGGACGAUCUCAUUAUCCCCAAUGGAACCAACAUCUGGAUUGACGUGGUGGGCAUGCACCAUGAUCCGACUCUAUGGGGCGCCGACGUUAACGAGUUCCGACCGGAGAGGUUCAAGGAAGAUAACCUCUACGGAGGGUGCAAGCACAAGAUGGGGUUCUUGCCGUUCGGGUUCGGGGGGAGGAUGUGCGUCGGGAGGAAUUUGACGAUGAUGGAAUACAAAGUUGUAUUAACACUUAUGAUUAGGAGGUUUUCCUUUUCGACAUCUCCCAACUAUCGCCAUUCUCCUUCUAUUUUGCUUUCCCUAAGGCCUAGACAUGGACUACCUCUCAUUGUUCAACCCCUUUAGGCUUAGUUAUCAAAAGGGCACA